CCAUGACCCCUGUAACUCCUGUUUUGUUCUCGGCACUCCAGGCCCCUCAGAUAUCCCUCCAGUCCAACUCCCCCAGAUGGCAGACAGUGCUCUCUUCUCCAUUCCUCUACACUACCCCAGUAGCCUUUGACCUCCCCGGCACCUCUGCCUCUCUGUGCGGCUGGCCUCACAUUCCAGUAAGGGAGCUGAAACCUGAGCUCCCGGUGAGCUCAUCGCCAGGCCACGGAAUCAAGAGUUAAAUGAUACCAAAAAACUGUGAGAGAAGAGAAAACGCAGACAGAAGGGGGAGAGGCAGCCGCUGGUGCAGGACAGGUCUGGAACUGGUUCUAUUGCGUCUGCUCGCUGAGGCUCCGAAAGGGUUGAGUUACACCAGAGAACGCGAGGAGGAAGAGGAAGAAGAAGAAGAAACUGCUGGCGUCUUUUGAGUUAUCUCUGCUUUUGUGUGUGUCUCCGCGGCCUGGCUGGCUGGUGCCUGCAGUUUCCUCUUGACACACUCUAGCAAGCCCGCCGACCUCCAUCCACGCUUUCAAGUUAACGAGCCCCCAUGGUCUCGUCCUCAGGUCUGAGAGCCGGGCAGGGAUGUGAGUGUAAUGCAGUGAGGCUGUGCUCUCCGCUCUCCCUGUGUCUCUGUUCUCCCGCGAUCCUGCCAUGACCACCAAGUGUCCAAAGAUGUCGUGUUUGGGGUCUUGAGCAGCAGCAGCAGCAGCAGCAGCAGCAGCAGCAGAUGGACUGAGGGGAGGCUUUGAUGUGCUCUGGCGUCAUGUGUAUCUGCAGCGUUAUCAACGUCUCUGGAUCCAAAUGUCACCCCCCCUGGACUCUGCCCUGGUCGGGGACCAGCAGUGUGUGACGGACAGAGGAGUGGAGCCUGUGGUGGCUCUCUACUGUGUGGCUUCAAAUUGGCCCUGGCUGAGCUCUGCAUGGAUGAACGAGUGAAGAGUCCGGCUAUGGUCUGAUGUCUCAGCAUGGAUGGAGUCAGGCAGAGGACUGGCCACCACUAAUGAGACCGUCGCCCUUCAGCUGAGGACUAGCGUUUACAGGAUUACUCCCACGGUUUCCUGCUCUUUUCCCAGCUAACUGCAUCAUUAUUUAACUCUCCUAGUUGGACUUUUUGUGAGUAGUUUUUGUGGAUAUAUACGUCAUUGCCUUUCCGAUUUUCUUUUUUUUUCCCUCACCCAGAUUUUUUUUUAUUGUUGGUUUCCAUUUGCCCAUUUUCUUUUCCACUAUGGAGUUUCUGGCUGGAUCCUGGAAUAAAGAUUGGGCUUCAUUCUUGCAGUUUUGGUUGACUGUCAUCCUAAGCCUCCAGAUGCAAUUCAGCCCAGGUACCUCUUGCCCGUCAGAGUGUCGUUGUGACAAAAUGUUUGUGUACUGCAAUGAACGCAGCCUGACAUCAGUGCCUCUGGGGAUGGAGGAGGGCUACAAGGUCCUCUACCUUCAUAACAACCAGAUCAACAAUGCUGGCUUCCCUAUGGAACUUCACAAUCUAGCCUCUGUGGAGACCGUGUUUCUCUACGGCAACCAGCUGGACGAAUUCCCUGUCAAUCUGCCCAAAAACACCAGGGUCUUGCAUCUCCAGGAGAACAAUAUUCAAACAAUCUCCAAAGCAGCCCUGGCUCAGCUGUCUAAAUUAGAGGAGCUGCACCUUGAUGAUAACUCCAUCUCCACAGUGGGGGUGGAAGAAGGAGCCUUUAGGGAGGCGAUAAGCCUCAAACUCCUCUUCCUCACAAAGAACCACUUAAGCAGUGUUCCAAUUGGCCUCCCCGAGGACCUGAAGGAGCUGCGGUUGGAUGAGAACCGCAUUGCUGUUAUUGCGGAGGAGGCCUUCCAGAAUGUGACACGCCUGCAGCGCCUUCUGCUGGAUGGGAACUUGUUGACGGAUGAAGGGAUUGCGCCAGGGACCUUCCAGGACCUAGCUAACCUCCGUGAGCUGGCACUGGCCCGAAAUUCACUCACCUUCCCCCCUCCCCUCCUACCGAGCCAGUCACUGGCCAAACUCAGCCUGCAAGAGAACCAGAUCAACCAGAUACCUGUGGCAGCCUUUGCUGAACUAAAUAGGCUCGAAAAACUGGAUAUCUCCACCAACCAUCUUCAGACGCUGACGCAGGGUGUGUUCGAUAGCCUGUCAAGUCUGAGGCAUCUCAUGGUGCGUAAUAACCCGUGGCGCUGUGACUGUGCAGUGAAAUGGGUGGUGGUUUGGCUCAAAUCCUUGCCUUCCUCCAUCAACGCCCGGGGGUUUGUGUGCCAGAGCCCAGAGAAGGUGCGUGGCAUGGCGAUCAGAGAGCUCACGUUGGAUAUUAUUGAGUGCCCGGUUAAUGCCAACCAGCCACUGUGGCCCACCCUCCGCUCCACUCCCCCUCCCCCGCCCACUACUACCCCUGUCACCACCAGGAUGUCCAAUGUCAUCACGACAUCUAUCCCAAACUACUUUGACUCCCCCUCUCCUCCCUUACCCCCAAUCCAUAAUAACCCUCCUGGGCCCCUGCCUCCUUAUGAGGACCCCCUUCAGAUCUCCUUCAAUGUGAUGAACUCCACCAACAUCGAAGUGAGCUGGGAUUCUUAUUUCACUGUCACGGCGUAUAAGGUCACCUGGGUCAAACGAGGCCAAACCCAAAUAAACGAAGGAAUGCGGGAGCGGACGGUGAGUGGGGGGCAGCGGCAUAUUAGUCUCACCAACCUGGAAGCCCGGUCUGUGUAUCGGAUCUGCGUGCACGUGCUGGACACCCUUAACUCCUACAGGCCCGGAGAGGAUACCAUAUGCUCCGAGGCCAGGACCAAGUCUGCUUUGUCGACAAAGCCUCCUGGCAGAGACCAAGCUCCUCCGGAGAGCAUCAACUCUACUCUGCUAAUGGCCGGGAUCAUAGGUGGGGCGGUUCUUAUCAUCCUGGUAACACUGCUCGGCCUGUUCUGUUGGCACAUGCACAGGAAGAGCCGGUCGUCUUCGAACAAGUGGAAAUACAACCGCGGCAGGAGAAAAGAUGACUACUGUGAGGCUGGAACCAAGAAGGAUAACUCCAUUCUUGAGAUGACUGAGACUAGCUUUCAGAUAGUGGCGCUGAACAAUGAGCAGCUUCUCAAGGGAGAUUUCCGCAUCCAGCCCAUCUACACGCCCAACGGGGGCAUUGGAUUUAGAGACUGUCACCUCAGUAACAACAGUAUAGCCUACUGCAAGAGCAGCAACGUACCCAGUACAGAGUUCUGCCAAACGUGAUGCAGCAGCAAACAGUACAGCGGCAUUCACACACACACACACACACACACACACAAACACAUACACAUGCUUAACAAAGACAUGCAUAAAUACACACGCAUACACCGUUUGUGUAGACAAUAAAAUCAUAAAAAAAAAAAAUCUAGUGAAAUAUAACUGUACUAUAUAUAUUUCCAAGUUCUGUCUACAAUGUAAUUUAUACUGUGGAUUAUAAUGUGGGAUUCUCUGCUAUCUUUUUUAUUCUUAGAAAAGAGAUACAAGCGUUUCUUCUUCUUUUUUUUUAUAAUCAGCAGGGUUUUGAAAGUUGUUUUAAAUGGUCAGUACUGUACAUGAACAAGGAUUUGUACAAUCACGGCACCCUGGGUGUAGCUUCUGACAAACGCUGUCGGCCUUGGAAAUGUUGGGGGGCGCUCACUGGGAUCCUUUGCUAACCACAGAAGCAAAAAUAUGGCCUUUUUCUUUGCUCUUUGACACACUGAAAACACUCCCCCAGUACAACAGAACAGUAGUAAAGACAACACAGCACAGGGGAAAUCCAAACACUGCUGAUUAGAGAGCUGUGGAAAUAAAGCACUGGUUCAUAGGUGGCGUGUUGUAAAAAGAGAAUUGAAGUGCACUUUUCUUAUUAAUGGAAGCAAGGCAGGAAACGAGCGGCACUGGCGAUCACGUGUUGCAGCACUGUGGCCGGUUGUGUGCGGAGAAUGUGUUAGUGCUCUUAAAAAGCCUGGGCUGAAAUUUCUCAAAAGUGCCUUAACUCUAAAAGCAUCUUUGUUCCGUCGCUGUACGGCGGAAACAAAGGUGGGCUUUAGUCGACAGACACUUUUGGCAAAUUCUGGAUGCAAAUGUGUUUAGCUGUCGUUGUUAGUACAUGCAGGUGUUAACAUGAGCUUAAAAAGCAACAAAGGUUUAUUGUUCCUAAUGAGGUACAUGGAUGUGCUGAGAUGUUAGGAUCCUGUUGAAAAAAACUGCCCUAAUUUGCUCUGCUUCUUCUUUCUUUUUUUUCUCUCCUCACUGUUUUGGCAAGUGAAGCCACAAGGGGGCAUGUGUGGGACAGAGGAAUAGAAGGCAAGGCAGAUAGAUCACUUUUCUUCGACUGUUCCCCUGGAGUCCAUUACCCAGACGACAUAAGUCAUGGCCAAAGUAUUGUUUGGAGUAUUAUUGCUCAUCGAGCUACCUAAUGAUGUGGAAUCAUUUAAAACUAACAAUGUUUUCUGGGUUUGGUGGCGACAUUUAAUGGAUUUUCACUGCUGUGGUCUGUCAUGAGGGAAGACCCCUGUUCCUGUGAGUGUGUGUGAUGAGUUUUGAGGGGGAAAAAAAAACACAUAAUGCUAAUUAAACACCCACUUAUUUCAGCCUUGUCUCGGCGUUCAUUAGGGCUUUUUGAUAAAUUAGGAAAUUACAACAAUGAGAUCGCACUCCGCCCAUGAUCCUCGCGGCGCGCACCCGUGACUGAGCAGGCUCAUCCGGCAUCCCAUCAUUUAUCCCUUUGUCUGCGGUUAUGAGCCUGUCUACUUCAUUUAUGGUUCACGCUCCCGAACAAUGCACCUGCUCACCCCGCAGCAUCCGCUUCCACGAUGGAGACUCUCGCGUCGCACACCUUCUCCGCCUGUGCACCUCUGAUCCCGGCAUGGGCUCAAUUAAAAGUGUUUCCCUGCCUCUCGGCUCAUGCGCUGCGGUGGCAGCUCUUUGCUUUUUGAGGUGCCAGUGAGAGGUCUUCAUUAUGCACCUCGUAAGAGGACUUUAUUUGAUUUGACAAGAUUUUAUUUUGAGGGGCCAAGCUUAAAGAAUUCCCACCGCCGACCCACUCCCCCCCCCCGUUCACCCCCUGUUCUUAAUCCUCCACCAAAAAAGGGAGAAAAAAUGUAGACCUUAUUUUCACUUGGCUUGCUGGGAGAGUGUGUGUGUGUGUGUGUGUGUUAACUCUUUGAGAGGUUUUGCGGAUUCAGCUGCUUCAACAGACACAGCAGAGAAGCAACACAGACGAGGCCAAAAACAAACUUUAGAGAGAAACGAUUUUCAAGGGCUCGUACUCAAAUGAUACCAGAGUGAAUAUCCCAAACGUGACUGCACUUCCUGUAACUUCAGCAAUAGGUCAGAUCAGGAUCAUUCAGACGUAGGUGUGAGGAGAUGUAGACGUUCACGGACACAUAAAUCAAUUUAUCCAAGAAAAUCUUGUUUGUAAUAAGACAUGUUGAUGUUUUAGUUCCAGUAACUCAGUUUAUUCAAACAAAUAGCAACAUCCUGGGGGAGGGCGGAAAAAAAAGCAAAAACAAAAUCUAUGUUCUUUCAAAAAAGAAAAAAGCCUUUGUUUGACUAUUUCAUUUCUCUUUCUGUGUGAGUCGUAGCCAAUACCACUGUUAACUGCGAGGAAACCGUGAAAACCACAUUGCGUCAGUUUGAUUCUUCUGUGUCUGCAGGCGUGAAACAAACAAAAUAUGUCGUGUUCACUUGUGCGCUUAAUAAAUGUCGGUAGGCAGAUUUUUGUUUCUUUGCAGAUGUGCCACUGCUAUCAAUCUUCCACUCGGUUUCUCGGCGUCAUUUGAAACUGCUCCUUUAAAGGGCCAGUGUGCGAGACUUAGGGCGAAGUAUUUACAUUUGGCAGAAAUGGAUUAUGAAGUAAAUAUACAGGUUUUCUGUAUUUAUGAUGUUCAUUACCACAUAAUGAGCCUUUAGUGAUUUAAUCCUUAAAUGAACAAACUAAACACUCAGUUUUAUGAUAAGUGAAGGCUCCCAUAGGUUCUACUGCACACUUGAAAGGGAAGAGGGUGAAUGAGAUAAUAACUAAUGGCUGUAAUCACCACAUUCCCUUUUUCGAACCAAAAUAUUUUCUAGUGUGAAUAAACUGACGUACAAGGCUUGUGUAGGUCGGUUUUGAUAGGUUGGCUUUGUCGUGAUUCACGAGAUCUUCUGUGGUUAUCAAAGCGUCUCCACGUUUAAUUUCAACACUUUUCUACUAAUAUCCACAUAUCGGCACAUCCAGUCCACAGAGGCACCAUGCAGGCCGCAGCUGGCCUGACCUUUGACCCACCCCUGCUUUACAAUCAUGAAGAGCACCGAACUAUACCAACACUUUCACCAGCUGAGCAUAACAACCCCACGCGGAAGCACGUCCGCAUCAUAAAAUAUCGGUUACAUGGCUUUUGUUUUUGUUUUGUUUUUUUGUCGCAGAUGAAACUUUGUCUCCAGUCACGUCAGGUCCAAGUGUUGCAACAUAAAGUUCCCCCCCCCCCCGUCUGUGAAUGUGGAAACAGAGUUUGCCUUACCUUUUAUGCAGGACUGAAUGAUUAGCUAUGGCGAGUUGUGAGUGGAAGGAAACAAAAAAUGAGACGCAGGGAGGCAGCGGGACAGAAGAAAGCACAUAUCUCCACCAGAUUGUAGCCACGGCGGCAACAAUAAUAUCAGUAUUAACAGGGAGAACAACACUAGGCGUGACACGCAGAAGCCAAGUAAAGACUGUUCAUCCGUAGUGCCAGACUUUAAGCAGAGCAUGGAUAAGGAUUCAGCCGAGACUGGGAAGGUGCUUUGGUGGUUGCUCUGCAGCGUACAUUACUCUUAAUUUUCUACUUGCUUGAUGAAAGAACGCGGCCGCAGCGCCGUGACCGACGGAAUUACACGAAACGUACUGGGAGUCCGUUACUAGCGUCCGUUUAUUACUGUUUUCAGGGUGCCGAGAAGUAAUUUCCCUUAAAGCUCAUUGAUUCACAUUGAAAUAAUUAUGUUUAAUCACUGAGAGGUUGAUUCCGAAUAAACACACGAGGCUGAGAGGCUGAAACUGAAUACAGUUAAAGUCGUCUCCUCUUCCUCGAAGCGAAAAACCUUCACUGCAAAUUGCUGUUAACCAGUGACAUUCACCCGAGGAUUUCUGCAUGUACUGUAUUUAGCUUCGUAGCCUUUCAUUUUGUCAUACCAGGUUCUGGACUAUAAAGUAUUGUUGUUGUUUUUUUUUGUUUUUUUUCCUUUUUUUGAAGCAGUCACCCAGCGGUGGUUGAGAUACAGUAUGAGGAGCCACGCGGCUAAAGUUCUCCGACGGUUUGGAGAAAGAACGUCGGGGCUGGAAAUUUUACAGUGCAUGUAAAAACAGCUGUGUUGGGG